AUGAUUAACUUGAUAUCGCUUCACGUAAAUCACACCAGAGAAGCACUUGAAUCUGUGCAUGCUGAUUUUCUCGAGCGUCGGUACCGAUGGUCAGCUAUUGAGCAACUUUUAGGUCGACCCCGCCUCAUUCCUACACCGGGACUUGCUAUUUUGCGAGCCUAUCUCCAGCCUUACUACUUGCACAACUUUACCGCUGCUGCAGCUAACUCUACGCCGCUAUCUAGCCCGCAGACAGCCGGCAAUGAGUCAACCGAUUCUGGUGUCUGCGUAGGUUCUAACGUCAUUGGUGCUCCGACUUCCAAAUUAUGCCUAACUUCGGUUGCAGGG